CGCUUCUGCUCUUUUGCAUGUUUUCAGUAAGGUGUAUCGCCUUCAGAAGUUACUGUGCAGGCUUAUUUUUGUUUGAUCCUGGUUUCCACGCGUGUCUCUUAAUGGUACUGUCAAGUCAUAAGUCCUCCCGAUGGAGAUAAAAGCACCUGUCAGAAGAUACGAAACAAGAAAUAAGGCAGCAGGAAAAGAGCUGUCGUCUUCCAAAUCCCGCGUCGACUGGAGGCGUACUAAAAGGGAACUCAUACUACUUGACAGCAGUGACGAAUCCUCAACUACGUCUGAGGAGGAGGAGCCUACCACAUCAGAAAGUGAAAUAGAUGAAAAGGAUGAAACUUUCAUUAAGAGCAGUCUUUCAGAUCGGGAAGAAAAAGGACACAAUGCAGAAGGAACAGAUGAUGGGGAGGAUGAGUGCAUUGUGCCUGGGAAGCGUAAGAGGUCGAACACCUCUGUCUUGUAUGACAGUGAUGAAAGUCAGGACAGUGACAUACUGGUUAGAAAAGUUUUUGCUAAACGCCGCUGUAUAAUGGAUGAGGAUGACAGUUCCGAAGAACAGCAGCCUGAUAAAACGUGCCCUACAGAGAAUGUUUCUACUAGUAGGAAACAGAAAAUGUUUGCAAAAUUGAAAGAACUUGCAAGAAAAAGUGCCACUCGGAGAUCUUGCAGCAGUGCAAAUUGGGAGGAUUCUAAUAGCGAAGCAGAAAUAGAAGAGGAACCGCUUUGUCACUUGACCCUCACACCAACAGAAGGUAGUGAAACUGACAGUGGCAGCAUGAAAGAUUUUAUAGUAGAGGAAGAUGAAGAUGAUGAUAAUGAUGAUGACAACAACACAGAGGAUGUAAAGAGUGAAAAUCAGCCACAACAAAAGCAACUAAAUACAUCCAAUAGCGAGUUGCUGUCAUACUACAUCCCACAGUUACCUCGCUGUGAUCAUUAUGUACACUUCAAAAGAAUAGUAAAGGCUUUCCUCAUAAAUGCAAUUGAUGACACUUUUCUGAGCUCAUUAUAUGAUGGAACAAGACAAAAGAAGUAUGCACAAGAUAUGUUGCUCUCACUUCAUUAUUUGGAUGACCGCUUCAUUCAGCCUCGGCUUGAGAACUUAAUUGCUAGAAGUCGCUGGAAAGAUCGAUACAAGGAGCGUGUGGAUUGUUACCCAGAUGUUUGCAUAAUCUUGAAAAAUCCAAAAAAUAUGUUUUGUCAGGCCUGUGAAUUGAAGCGGUAUUGUAAGUUUAAUGUGUUGCUCUCUGGACAGCUUUAUAAUAGUAAAACUUUGGAAGUGGAUGACUUCAUGUCAAAUGACAAGCAGGUUUUGAAGGUUGGCAAGGUGUGUGCAAAUCGUACAAGAGUUUAUCACAAUUUGAAGCACUUCAAGUACAAGUUGUAUGUGGAUUGCAGCUCUGUUGCCGAAUUGGAUGGUGUUGAGGAUGAACCAGUCAAAGACACUGUAGAACGGCUUUUCAGCCACUUGGAAGAGAGUGGGUGGAUUCAGAAGAGAUACGAUGAUCUUGAAGAUUGCAUGGAUGAUGCAGACAGUUUUCAAGAAGAGAAAAUCGAUUAAGUGAUCAUAUAGCUCUUUGAAAGACAUCUUUCAAAAAUUUGAAUGGCCUGCUUUAUCUGCAUGCACUUCAUCUCUGCUUGGACUUCAAGAUUCUAUUUAGGCUACACCUAAAUUCAUAUAUGCCUUUAAACUGCUGUUUGAUAAUGUGUUGUAUCUUUUUUGCUCAUCUGUGUCUGUAAUAACCCAAAGGUUUACCAAA